ACUUCCGGUAUCGGUUUGUUGACGUUUUAUGUUUUGCAGAAUCAGAAAAACAUCAUCUAACUUCAUCGAAGUCGAUUCGAAACUUUAACAGAUUUCAACAAACAUUUAUAUAAUUUAAGAAAGAUGGCGGUUCCAGCUAAGAUUGUUCUGAAGAGUACAACUAAGAUGUCUUUGAAUGAUAGAUUUUCCACGAUUCAAGCCACAGUGAGGCAACCAGCCCAGCAAGCCAGCGUGUCAAACAUCCGGGCCAAGAUGGCAGCCCAGCACCAGGCAACAGCCGCCAACAAGAGACUUGCCAUGCAGAUGGCAAACAGGCCAAGUGUACAGGCAGCAUUGAAAAUCAAAAAGAAAUCAUUAAAGCAAAGACUUGGAUUUGGAAACACAAGUGUCAAGUCUCGUUUGACCCUAGGUGGUCGUGGUGGUGGAGCAAUGGUCAGAGGAGGAAGAGGUCAAGGCAGGUUGAUGAGAUCAAGAGGUCAAAUGAGAGGCAGAGGUCGUGGAGGAAGAGGAGGAGGUGGAAGUACCCCAGGAUCUCCAACAGGCAACCAGAUGGUUCGUGGAGGAAAUAGAGGUCAGCGUGGUGGGUUUGUUCAGAGGGGUAGAGGUCAACGUGGUGGAUUUGUCCAGAGAGGUGGAGGUCAGCGUGGUGGGUUUGUCCAGAGAGGAGGUUUUGGAGGAGGUGAGAAUAGAGGAAGAAGAGGAGGGAUGCAGAGAGGAAGAGGAUUUCAAGGUGGCAACAGAGGAGGAAGAGGACAAGCACAGGGUUUCCGUGGUAACAGAGGAGGUUUCAGAGGUCAGGAACGUGGUAGAGGAGGUUUCCAGCGAGGAAACUUUAGAGGCAAUCGACAGGCCCGAGGUGGUGGCAACAACAGAGGUCGUGGUGGAUUCAGAGGUGGCAGAGGAGGUCAGAGAGGUCGUGGAGGUGAUGGUAGAAGUCCGAUAUCAAAAGAGGAACUAGACAACCAGUUGGAAGCUUACAUGAGCAAGACAAAAAGCAGCUUGGAUGCUGAUCUGGAUUCAUACAUGCAACAAAAUUGAUGAUGGAAGAAAAAGAUUGAUAAUUAGAAGGUUGUGUCGACAAGAUGGCCAAGAAAUGGAAGAAUUAGACUUGAUUGAAUAUUAGUGUCUUCUGACUUAAAACUCCACCAUGUUUCAGUGCUAUUGUGUAAUUGGGCUUUGAUAACUGAAAUUAUUUGAGAAGAAUCUUAUUGGCUGAAAGACAUUUAUUAGUAAUUAUAGAUUAAUUACCCAGGGUAUAGUCAACUGAGAGAAUUUCAAGGAAAUAGAUAUUAGAAAUGAUAUAGAGAAACAUUGGUUCAUAGGUCAUGGGUCAUGGGUUAACUGAUGAGCCUAAGGUGAUAGGGAUUAUAUUCAUAUAUAUCUUUGUAUACAUGCAUUACUCUGUUUAAUAGAGAGACGUUUUGAAUGAAUAUUUUGCAAAACCACGAAAUCCAAUAUCCAUGAAAUUGCAAGUUUUCUUGAAGCCACGAAAAUUGGUACCCAUAAAAAUAAAUUAAUCCCAUUACUUUGUAGGGACUAGUUCCCACAAUUAAGUAGCACAAACCACAAUUUGCAAAGUAUUUUUAGAAACUUCUACUUUUACAUUGUAUGCAUCAAUAAGUCUGUUUUGGUUGAGAAAUAUUCAAAUGUUGUUUUGUUAAACUUGCAUAUUUCUUAUAAACAGUUAUGUCAGUUUAUAUGUUUAAUACAUGGCAGGUGUAUCCUCUUUUUGUUAAAGUAUUGUAAUUUGAUUUUAGAAAUUGAAAAAUGAAGAACUUUAUUAUUUUUUACUUUAAUUUCAUUUUCAUAUUUUUCCAUACACAUUUUAUGCAAAAUUAUUCAAUAAUUCUAUCAUUCAUGCGUGUGUAUUCUUUAAACUGCUUCUAUAUAUUUAAAAAAAUAAAUGUACUUGUCAUAAAUGUAUCAAAAUAUGAAUGCUAGAGAAAUAUUUGUUUAGAAUGGCCUAUUAAAAUAUUGCUUGUAUUUGAUGUUCAUGGACUAUGAAAUACUCAUGUUAUAUAGAUGUAUUUAAUCAAUAUUUUCAUGUGUGUUAUUUUUCAUUGAUUGGAUCUAGAAUUGGUUUGAUACAUUUAGCCCCCUUUAAACUUGCUAAAAAGGAACAAAAAAAAUAGGCAAAGUAUUUUAGUGAAAUGGAAAUUUGUUAAUUUUUUUUAUCUAACUGUUGAAGGAGAUAUACCCCUUCUAACAUGUAUACUAAAGCUACUAGAUCUGCCUCUAUUCAUUAUGAUAAAGACAAUUCUUGUUGAAGUGUGUGAAAUCAGUGCAAUCAUGUAGCCAUUGUUAAAUUUUCGUCUACAUCUUUUUUGUUUGUUGUUUUGUUUUUUAAGAACUUUUGUUUGUCGUUUGUUGCUCCGUGAUUUUUGAAGAAAUUGUCAUAAUUUUUUAAGUUGAAAAAGGGCAAUUGGGAUGUUUUUCAGUUAUUAAAUAAUUGAAAUGUCUAAAAAAUCAAUAAAAAUUACCUACUUAUAGUAAUAAAAUGCUUUAAAAUUAUCAUGAUUAUUGUUGAAAAAGAUUCUUGUAGAUAUGUACCUAUGUAUAUUUUUUUUAGUUUUUAUGUAGAGAAUUUUAAAACAUAUCAAUUUUAUGAACAAAAAGUAAAAAAUUCAAACAGUA